AUACAUGAAACUUUUAAGUCUUCUUGCUUCACUACUAAUAAUAACUUCCCUGCAGCAUGUCCAUGGAACUUCAAACUAUGACAUGCCGCCGGCCAUCAUCAAGUCCGCAUGUGCGGUCACUUUAUAUCCAGACAUAUGCUACUCAUCUAUGUUCUCCACUACCGACGACACCCAAAGGGUCUCAACAAAAGUGGAUGUAAUCGAACUAGCCAUUAAUAAAACAAAGGAUGCCAUCCGAUUAGCCAACUUGGAAAUAACAGAGAAGCUGCUGAUCACUGCAACAACAACAGCCAAUGAUCUCACAAAACUGGCUCUUCGUGAGUGCGUAGAGAUGGGUGCCUCAACUCUAGAAGAUCUUGACAUGGUGAUACAAGAGCUCCUCGGGAAAAAGGAAUCUCUUCUUCACCAGAAAGACGACAACCUUAUAACUCACCUAAGCACCACCAUCACCAACCAUGAAACAUGUUUAGACGGCCUCAUUUACAUUAAUUCAGAAGUUUCUAAGGGAUUACAGUACAUGAGUUCAAUUAUCCAACACCAAGAGCAUGCAGAAAAGAUGUGUAGCAAUGUUUUGGCUAUCGCCAAGAGCAUGCUGACAUCAUCAGACACAAAUUUAGCCAAUAACAAUAACGAUGCAGGUGGUCGUCGAAAGUUAAAGGAGGAGGUCAUCAUUUGGCCCAAGUGGUUAUCUGCAACAGACAGGAAAUUGUUGCAAUUACCAGAAGUGAAAGGUUACGUGACAGUAGAUAAGAAUGGUAAGGGGAACUACACGACAGUGGCAGAAGCAGUGGCGGCGGCACCAAAGAAAAGUGAUCAGAGAUACACGAUAAAGAUAACCGCAGGAGUUUAUGAUGAGAAUGUGGAAAUUCCAAAAAAGAAAACCAACAUCAUGUUUAUCGGAGACGGAAGAAGUAACACAAUUAUUACUGGAAAUAAGAAUGUCGCAGGCGGCGGUGUUACUACCUCCACCUCUGCAACCGUAGCGGUGUUGGGUGCGAAGUUCUUGGCACGAGAUAUUACAUUUCAAAAUACAGCAGGGCCAUCGGGGCAUCAAGCUGUGGCAUUACGUGUAACUGCAGAUCUAUCAGCAUUUCACAAAUGUGGUAUGGAAGGCUACCAAGAUACCCUUUAUGUCCAUGCCAAUCGUCAGUUCUAUGUCGCCUGUGUGGUGGUCGGUACCGUUGAUUUUAUAUUUGGCAAUGCAGCUGUUGUCUUUCAAAACUGUGACAUACAAGCUCGCAAACCCAACCCUAACCAAAGAAAUAUGCUCACUGCUCAUGGCCGCUCUGAUCCCAACCAAAACACGGGUAUCGUCAUUCAAAAAUGUAGAAUAAGUGCUACUUCUGACCUGCAACCAGUUCAAGCCAAUUUUCCAACUUAUCUUGGAAGACCAUGGAAGGAGUAUUCUAGAACAGUGGUGAUGCAAUCGACCAUCAGUGACGUGAUCAACCCCGCAGGAUGGUACCCUUGGGAUGGGGAUUUCGCUCUCGACACUUUGUAUUAUCGAGAGUACCAAAACACGGGGCCAGGGGCCGAUACGGCUAACAGGGUCACAUGGACAGGUUGGGGUGUGAUUAAGAAUACUACAGAAGCAGAGAGUUUUACCUCCGGGAGCUUCAUUACUGGAUAUAGCUGGCUGCAAGACACGGGUUUCCCUUUCUCUCUAGGUUUGUAG